UUAUUUCCGGGUAAAGCCUUUUACUUGCCUGUCAUCCUCUCACUCUCAGUGGCUAACUGACUUGCCGUGCAGCCUUGAGGCUAGGUGUAAAGCAACGACUGGUCGUUCUGAAGUUUGAGUAACAGCCCAGUGAUUUUAUCCAAUAAAUGUAAACUCCGUCUCCGUCAGUCGCACAUCCUAAACCUAAAACCCUAGCGGGAAAUAUUGCUUUCUUAUUCCACAAACACAAAGAAGGGUUUUCUUUUUGGCGGUGAAUCUGACGACCGCGGGAUCCCGGUGACAAAGCCCUAAUCUUCAUUCAUCCGAAACCGCCAUCGAGAAUCAGGUUCAAUUUGAACUUCUCGAUUCUCUCCGUUCCUUUGCUUCUGAAAGCGAUUGCAUUGGGCGAAGGUUUCUCAGUACCAGUAGCGUCUUUGUUGUUUCAGGUUCUAAUGGCUGCCAACAACAGCCCUCUCCCCGAUGGUGUGACCAAAGAACAGGCCUUUGGCAUGGCUGAGACUGAGAUGGAAUACAGAGUGGAGUUGUUCAAUAGGCUUUCACAGACAUGCUUCAGUAAGUGUGUUGACAAAAGGUACAAGGAGUCUGAGCUGAACAUGGGCGAGAAUAGCUGCAUUGAUCGCUGUGUUUCAAAGUAUUGGCUGGUGAACGGACUUGUUGGUCAGAUGCUAAGUGCUGGUGGUCAGCGUCCCAUGUGAAAUGCCAGAGCUUAGCUUGAUAUCUCUGGGCCUUGGAAUUCUGCGAGGACACCAAACCAUUUAUGUGUUUUUUUUUUUUUUUUAAUCUUGUUCCGGAUGUAUUCACUGUAAGAACUAGCGUUACUCUGCAAAGAAUUCUUAUAGCUAUUUUCUGCCUAUAGUGAAUAGGGAAGCCAUUUUUGGGCUGAUCUUGUUCCAGGCAUGAUGUGAUUGUGGGUUGUGGUUAUCACAUAGUGCCCUGCCCCUGGUGGAUUGUCAUAAUAAGAUCCUACUGAUUCA